CUGUGUCGCCGACGACGACGGAGUACGAGGGGGGAGAUAAACAUUGGAUUUUUCUCCACGGGCCGCUGCUAGCCACCGUCACCGUCCAGCAUCACUGGACCCCGCUAGAGUUCGCUACGAUCCAACGGAGGUUUUAUCUCGCGGUAGGAAUUGCGAAACAAAGCAUCUCCAUCCAAUCCCCAUCCAAACUUCCCAGCGCGGCCCUUUUCUGGUAAAGAUCCCACUCGCUAUUUUCUCGCCUGCCUCUCCCCCUCCGUCCGUGCAGAUGUGUUUCUUCCGCAAGCCAUGAGUUCAUUACAUGCAAAAAUAGAAAACAUUUGCAGGCUCUGUUUGUCCGGCGAUGACACUUUGGAGUCUAUUUUUGGUGAUAGUGGAAGCGAUGCGCUUCAGACGAUAAUCUACGACUGUACAUCGAUUAGGAUACAACCACAGCUGGGCCUUCCGUCGUCGAUUUGUAGUACGUGCAAAUCGAAGGUAGAAAACUUUAACGAAUUUCGCGAACGGUGCCUACACAACGAUGAGUAUCUCCGCACGACGCUACAGUUGGUGGCGCAAAAGCAAGAAGAACACGACGAUGAGUACGAGGAGGACGAUGAAGAGGAUGUGGAUAUUAAGCUGGAACCGGAGGUACUGUUGGACGAGCAGAGCGACGUCGAUCAGAAGGAUGACGACGAGAAAGAAGAUGGCAUGAUCGUUGACAGGAACGAUAACAAAAUCGACCGAACUUCGCUGGCAUUGGCACAGGAUGGGCUGAAUGGUCAGCACGAGCUGGUUUCGAAUGGUCCGGAACGUGAUGAGUGGGAUGAGGCCGGAUCAAACGAUCACGAUUCGAUUGGCAACUCGUCAACGGAAUCGUUCAACUAUCCGUACCUAUCGCCGGAUCCAACGUACGGUUCGCUGCUCAAGUGUGAGUUCUGUUCGCUGGAAUUUUCCGUGCUUGAACAGCUGAAGCGGCACAUCACGAGCCACAAGGAGGAGCGAAUAUUUCAGUGCUACUACUGCCCGAAAACGUUUCACUUCGCGAAGAACCUCAACAUGCACGUCGAGUAUAUCCAUUCGAAGGCAAAGUACACACCGUCACAGGUGGCAAAAAUGAUUGCCAGGCAACAGAGUCUAGUCCAUAGCAGUAGCAGUAACAAUAGCAGCGUCAGCCAGAGUACCAACGGUGGGUUAAGCCCGUUGUCACCGUUACUAGAUACGAGCGAUUGUUUGAAUAAUAACACCAUCCCGAGCGGCGCUGGCAUUGAUGCGGGUGCCGGCUUAAGCCUUAACAUUAACCUGAACGGAAGCACGACGUCGAGCAGCACGAACGGAUCGUCGGCUUUGGGAAGGAACUUGAAACCGAUUCGAUUACCCGCGCUCGGUCUAAUGGCAGCAGAGGGACGGCGCGGUUCAUUCGUACAGUCGACGAUCGGUUUGUCCAGCGAGCGACAGCAGCAUGAGUGCCACGUGUGCCAUAAAAGCUAUGGCGAAUCAUCCGCCUUGCGGCAGCACAUGCUCGUACACACGGGCGAAAAGCCGUACAAAUGUGAUAUCUGCUCGAAAUCGUUCUACAAUGCUAGCACGCUUAAAACGCACCAGCGCAUCCACAGCGAUCAAAAUCCGUACCGGUGUGGGACGUGCACGAAGAUGUUCGACAAUGCGCGCAGUCUCGAGCUGCACCAUCGUACGCACACGGGCGAAAAGCCGUACGCGUGUGAUGUGUGCUUGAAGAAGUUCUCAUGCUCGUCGAAUUUGAAACGUCACCGGAAGCUACACGAUCGCGACUAAACGAAUAAGAUGUGUGCGAAAGGACACGAUCGAAACCGAAAACACAAUUAUAACAUUUGAAAACGAUAACUGAACUGAAACGACGACCAUGCUGUGUGUAGGGCGAGAUGUUUUAUGGUGUUUGAAAACUGAGCACACGCAGAUGGAAGCAUAGAUCGUACCCUUCAGGAGGCAGUACGACGAACACAGCAACUUAGAUUUACGAGCUCAAUGUGGCAUUACUUGCGGCAGAUCGGCAGGAUGUAAAUAGUUUGCUUCGGGUGCAGACGCGUGCCCUGGUGCUUCCGAGAAGAGUGUAACGCAUACAGAAUCUCAGCAUAACCGAAAAUUGACUGUGCAUUUAUACACACAACAACGAGUAGCUGUUUAUUAAGUACGCAAAACUAAAACAUCUACUAACCCAAACGAACGUGCCGCUACUGAGAAAGAUUUGAACCUGUUAAACCACUGUUAACGUUGUUGUUGUGAAGGAUCAUUCGUAUAUAGGCCUGUUCCGGGGGGUUAGUUUCCUCCGUUGCGUUGCGGCAAUGUACGUUCUUCCAGCUUUAAUGUAAAUAACCAAACCUGAAAUGAUAGAGAAGAGACAAAAAAAACAGUUAAAAUGUUCAGCUAGGAAAAUGCCAAAAACGACUACAUAACGCAACGCUGUUUGAAUCGAAAAUUUACCUAUAGAAGUUAAGGAAAACAGUUGUUAAAAUUUGCCCACAUUCGUUAUUCGAACGAAAACAAAACUGUGUAAAUUAAAAAAAAAACAAUUUCACCGAGCUUAAACCUGAUGAAGCAUACGCUGGAAGCAUAACGAACGCCAAUGAAACCAUA